GAGCCGAAAACAUAUUUCCAGCACGAAAAUAAAUAUAUUAAAGAAGAUUGAAAAACAAUUAAUUGAAAUUGAACAUCAAUCUCUUUUUAAGCGAUAUAAAGUUUCCAAGUUUACUUGCGUGUUGAGCUUUUAACUGCCGUAACUUCAUUACGAAUGCAUCUGUAGUUUACAUGUUUGGCGAGCAAAAAAACUUAAACGUAAAAUUUUUAAAUCCACUUCGGAUGCGACAUUGUGCGCAAAAACAACACGAAAUUAAAAAAAGAAUUGAGAAGCGAUGGAAACUGAUUCGGCUCCUAUAAAGAAGGCUGCACCGCAGCAAGCUGCUUUGCGACGGCCGGUGCAAAUUGUGAAGAAACGUUCUGGACCUUUAGAUGAAGCCAUACAGCAAAUAGAUGUGAGUAAUUUGGCCAUUAAUACGCGGAACGCUUCAACUCACACAAUGACAGACGCAACGGAUACGGUUAAGAGCACAAUAAAAGAACCUUUGCAAAGGAUGCAUUUUUCGCCAAGAAUUACAUCUGCGUACACGCACCGAUCCAAUAAGCGUACGUCAAUUAAAGAGAAGAAGCGUGAACGAUGGCUUUUUACGAGGAAAACAUGGAAAUAUAUGACUGAUGCGGGACGGAAGCUUAUACCAGAUGGGGCAGAAAAUCGCAAAGAAGAUAUCCCAAAAAUCGAAGCCCAUUUUCAGCAAGUUUGUAGUGCGGAGCCACGGUUUGUAUUGUGGAGACGUAAAUCGUCCUAUCCAGGUGCUUUGCGGAGUUCCAAACGACGUCUUAAACAGUUAUUGCAGCACACUGGGCAAAAGUGUCCAAACCUCAGAGAGCGGGAAGAAGCAAACAAUGCCGAUGUCGUUAUAGAUUUAUUACAUUCUCAUCUUGGCUUAGAUGAGUCGAUUAAAACGACAACACUAUUAGGAACCAAAACCGUUCGACCCGAUCAGACAUGUUCGCCUAGUGCUCAAAGACCCGCAUCCAAUAAAUCAUCAUACAUUUCCGGAAAUAAUGUAUUUAAUCGGACAUCAGCUCUUUUAAAACCUCCAGAUCGAUCGCAACAUUCAAAUCACAUCGACCAACUACUAGAGCGAUUACGCUUAUUGGCGCAGAGUUCGGCGUGGCAAAGAACAAUAAGCAUACGGCCUGAAGCAAUUACGGCCGAUAUUCUUAAUGAUAAAUUGGCCAUGAAGAAGAUUUACAGCGCUUUAAAGAAGCAGCAAUUGCAUCGAAUUCUUAACGUUCCCUCGAUUCCAUCCAAAAAUCAAACAAACCUUAAACAUUCGUCUUCUUUAUCAUCACUGCUGCAUUUUGGUAACUCCCAGCGUUCAUAUUCGAAUCGCAAAGAAAAAGAAGGUGUACCUAAAGCCAGCGUUGACUAUAGCACUGGGGCAGCGCCAGCAACAUUAACAGCAUCAAGACAAUAUACUACGUCAAACGACAACGCAACUCCAUCUUUGAGUUUCCGUCCAUCGUCAGAAAACUCAACGCAAUUAAUUAAAAAUUCAAGAGCAUUGAAGAAAAAAUCGACGCCAACUAUUUCGUGCAGUACGCAAACAACAUUCAUAGCUUUAAGUGAAAUCAAGCGAUUAGGUGCCGAAUACAAAGAUAAGAAAAGAGAACAGGCUCUGCUCAAAGGUAGUGUGGAAAAUAAGUGCAAUCAACCACGUGUCCGAAAAAGUUCUUUAGAUAACGAGGAUAUUUCUCAAUCGGUAAGUGAUACCAUUAAACGUUACUUGCGCAUGGCUCGCAAGAAAAGUGUUCAAGAGAGUCCAGCGAAUCAAUUCAAAUGCAUUAAUUAUGAUCGCAACUUGCGCAAUAUUCAAGCCAAGGGGGAAAUCAACCCACCGGGUAUGGACGAGGCUAAUAAUAAAGCAAUUCAAACAUUAGAUGCUUGGGCCGUAAUUAUGUUGGACGGCAUACAUGGACAUGAAAGCUCUGAAACCUUAGAAGCUGCUCAUCGCGAAUGGCAGGAAUUACUCAAUGAACGUCUACAACGCAAACUGCAAUACGAACAAAAUAUUUUGCUAACGGCAAAUUCAGCUUAUGGUUCCUCUCUAUCUAGUCGCAGUUCAUCGUCGGUACCCACCUCACCGACAUCACCACCCUUAUCCCCAACUAUAACUUCGCAAACGUCAUCAUCGUCAUGCUCAACUAGUGACGUUUAUUCAGCGAUUAGUAGCAGUGGAACGAACGUUCCGCUGGCCUUGACCGUUGCUGAUAAAACUCACUCUGGAAAUAUAUUGCAUACAAGUUCGCAAUUUUUAUCAAAUCUUUGGCACUCUACGACAGCAUUUUCAUCACAUACGCCCUCAGGAAUAGGAUUAACAGCGGGAUUAGGGGGUGCCUGCGCCAAUAAGAAUACGGCAUCGGCAUCAAUGGGAUACCUUUCUACAAACAUGCAGAAGUCAAAAUCGUCUUCAAAUGUUGGACAAUUUGUCUCUCGUAGAAUACAAAAGAAUCGCUCGAAAAGUCAAACAAGGCCAAUUAGCUCGAUACUGUCAAGUUAUGUAACACCUGGCCCGGCUUUCAAAUGGACACCUGCUGGUGAAUUCACAUGGAUAUCCGAAAAUGGUGACAAAUUGUAUUUGAUGGAUUCACCACUAUACACGUUAACCGAUACCGAAGCUAAGUUAUUGCAACGGGUAGUAAUGGAAAAAAUCGGUGAAUUCAAUAUUAAUAUCAGCGAAAGCGGCUACACGGAUAACAAAUCGCAUAAACGUCGAAUUUUGGCAAAAAAGAAAGCUAUGACCACUAAUUUAUUUGAUAUAGGUAAAAAGGAUUACAGUUCCAAUAUGACAAUAUUUGGCAAUAGUCUCGAAUCGUGUGUGGCCAAUGAUAAAAUACGUGAUGUUUGUUUAGAGAAGGGUUCACGUAAUUCGAUUGCCUCUUUAUUUCGAGGGGGAGUAGUUACGGAUCCACUCAAAUUCCAUGAUAACGUGCAAUCCUGCGAAAGCUUAUCUUCCAAUGCACAGGUAGAGAGUGGAGGCAAGACUCGUUCGAAAACGAGUUCAGUAAGCAAUUACUUUGGUAAUCUUGGUAAAUCUGCAUCGAUGCAAAAAUCUCGCAGUCAAACAGAUAUGCGUCGUAAAAGCCAGGAAUUGGAGAAGAAUACGGCGGAAUACAGCGAGAAUCAUGUCAAGGACUAUGACGAUCAAUUCGGUCUUGCAAAACCAGAAUUAAAAGUACCGAAAUUUAUGAUCUCAUGCCUUAAUUAUUUAGAGAGGAAUGGACUCCAUUCAGUCGGAUUAUUUCGUGUAAGCGCAUCCAAAAAACGAGUAAAGCAAAUGCGUGACGAGUUUGAAAAAACUGGGAAGAAAAGAUUUGAUGACAAUACCAGUCCCCAUGAUGUGGCCACUUUACUCAAGGAAUUUCUCAGGGAUCUACCAGAGCCAUUACUAUCAAAUAAAUUAUAUACAGCAUUGUUAGGAACUCAAAAAAUUCGUAAUAGGCGUUUACAAAUGGAAGCCAUUUCGCAUUUAGUUAAGCUUUUGCCCCCUGCUCACAGAGAUACUUUGUACGUAUUACUAAGGUUUUUAGCCAAGGUAGCCGCUUGCAGCGAUGAUAUCCCACCAAGCGAUAACAGUCAGCAGGCUAAUGGCAAUAAGAUGGAUAGUAACAAUCUAGCAACAGUCUUUGCACCCAACAUAUUACGCACAACGAAUCCCGCUCUGGGAAACAAUACUUCCAGCGGCGAACAAGAGUACAUGAGCGAUGCGAUCAAUGUUGUAAGAAUAAUGAUCGACCACUAUGAGGAAAUUUUCAAAGUACCUGCGGAACUAAUGGAUGCUGUAUACUCACAAAUGUUAGAUGAAUGCCCGGAUCAAUUAUAUCGAAUAUGUGAAUUUCGCAGCCACAUAUUGCAGGGAGAAGAACAACAACCGCUUAGCUUAAGUUUAUCAAAUACUCCCGACCGAACCCAGGAAUUAGCCGAUGCGGCUAAAAAUCGACUUUGUAAGCAGACUGUGAUACCUAGCACUGAUUCAUCAAAAAUCCGAGAGUAUUUGGAAACCUAUACGAAUGAUUUUUACGGUUCUGAAUCAUUUCAACAAGCACAAGUCACAGGCUUUGAUCGUCGCAAAUCAUCACCGAACGUUCUGCACCAGCAAUCGGGAAUCGUGUCGGCCAGCUUACAAAUUCCUAUGCAUAUCAAUUACGAUGAAGUAUUUUGUCAUAGUGUGUCGGACGGAAUUGCUGAAACGUCGAACGCUAAUUCUAAAAAGAUUUUAAUGGAAAAAAUUACAAACAUCCCGAGGGAGGAAGGUGAAAGCGAAUAUCUUCCAAUUUCGGGCUCAUUGUCAUUUACAACAAGGAAAGACAAGAGCACAGUAUCUUCCAUAAGCGAUCAGAAACCAAUUCCGCCACAGCGUAAAGACGUUAAACUCCAUACGCGAAGGCAACAAUCAUCGACGCCGAUGAACGAAGUGGCAAAAAGCAGCAUUACAAGCGCCACAAUCAUAUUAAAUAGAGAUCAAAAUAUUCGUAGGCAUAACAACGAACCAAAACUUCCAGCCAGUAUAACAAAUAUAGGAGAUGCUAUACUACGCUCGAAAACUGCCGAUUUUGAAAGAAUGUCUGGAAGCUUGUUAGCAAAGUCAAAAGGCACCGUUACAACUACUACUACAACUACUACUAAACGGUCACAAAGCGGUGCAAGUAUUGCUAACCUCACUAGCAAGAGCACUAGUACUCUAAGAAGUAUUUCAUCAUCGAGCCAACACUUAUACAAACGGCAGGAAUUAAUAUCUAGUGCGAACAAUGCAAUAAAAAAAUGAAAAAUAUAAACUGUAAAAAUAUUCCAC